CACAGACCUCGCCUCCAAUUCAAGUUCCCAACUCAGUACUGAACGACAAACGACUCGGACAACCAUGCCCAUCCGUGAUUUCUCGACUCCAGCCUUCGCCAGCGGCGGCGUCCGCCUCGCCCUCGCCCGCAGGGACGACGUGAACCGCAACCAGUACAUGCUCGUCCUCGCCACAGGCUACGGCAUGGCGGAGACCCGCAAGGGCGCCACGCUCAACUGCACAACAUCAUCGAGCGCCGCCAACGCACCUGCCCUCAGCCCCGCCGGCCACCCACUCAUCUGGUUCGAUGCCAACUGGGAUCGCGAACCGGGCGACUCGACGUUCCCAGAGGGAGGCCUGCUCAACUCGUUGCUGGCGGCGGAGCCUCCCGUAGUACGGCUGACCGGUCGCGGGCGCACUGCGGCAGACAAGUUGAAGGGUGGGGAGCGCGUCGCGCAGGAGGUCGAGAUACUGCUCGACGAAGAUGAGCUCGCACACGUAUGCUGCUAUUGUGGCGAACCCGAGUUGGUGGAUGGGGAGAGGUGGAAGCUGUGCAACGAUACUGCGUCUCAGCCUGCAUACUGCUGUCCCACAGACAAUCGGCAGUCCGAAGGAAUAUGA